AUGCUUCGCCAGUUCCUCCCCCUUGCCUUCCUGGCUUCUCAAGCUGUGGCCUACGACCAGGUCCUCGGCUUCAAGGCUGCUCCCGAGUAUGAGACUCGCAGCCUGGACGAGAUCUAUAAGGCCGCCCUUAAGGAGGGUGACACCGUCACCCUCUGGCAUGGAGGUGAUGAGAAGAACCAGCAAGAUGGCUUGAAGGCGGCAUUCGAGAAGCGAUUCCCCGGCAUCACUCUCAAUGUCACCGUCGACCUGUCCAAGUACCACGACGGCUUCCUCGACCAGCAGCUCGCCGCCGGCAAGGAUGCCGUCUACGUCGACAGCGUUAUCCUCCAAACCCUCCACGACUACCCUCGCUGGGCUCAAGAGGGUGCGCUCCUCAACUACGCCCCCGUCGGCUUUGAGGAGAUUGAGCACUCCUUCAAGGACGACACCGCCGCCUGGUACGGUGUCUACGUCUUCUUCUGGUCGGGCGCCUGGAACACCAAGAAGCUUCCCGGCAUCAAGUCCCCCGUCGAGUUCGAGGACUGGCUGCGACCCGAGUUCAAGGAGAAGCUGGUGUUGACCUACCCCAACGACGAUGACGCUGUCCUGUGGGCCUUCUAUAUCAUAAUGCAACAGUAUGGCGUUUCUUGGUUUGAUCGCCUGCUCGCACAGAAGCCUCGCUGGGUCCGCGGAACUCAGACGCCCUCGACUCUCAUCAGCGACGACAACAGCACCUCUGCCGCCUACUUUGGUGCUUCCGGCAGCUUCCAGAACGCCGACCCCAUCUCUUUCUCUGUGCCUACCAAGGGCAAGUACGUCUCCUGGCCUCAGACCGCUGCCAUUCUCAAGGAUGCGCCCCAUCCCGAGGGAGCUAAGCUGCUGCACAACUUCAUCCUGAGCCCCGAGUAUCAGCAGAACUCUGGUCUGUGGUCUGUCCGUCACGAUAUUCCUGCCCCCGAGGGAUUCCCCAGCCUCUGGAACGAAACUGCUACCAACCCUGCCGAGUUUGCCCGCUUCAUGGCCGACCGCGGUCUGGUCGAGAGACUUCGCUUCUUCUUCGAGAGCCGCAUUGGAAGCGCUCAGGGUGACAGCCCUCUUGAGGAUGACAUUUAA